AUGGCAAUCGACUCCUUCAGCGAAGACGAGUCGCCACUGAUAUACGGCCUCGAGUUUCAGAGCCGAUGUCUGUGCAGCUCAUCCAAUGUGGACACGAGUGGUUCCCACGGAUUCGUACGCUUUCUUGUGGGCACACAAUCGCUGAAGAGUGAGAAUCAGAUCCAUUUGUUGGAGUAUUUGGAGGAAACCAAUAGUCUGUCGAAAGCGGUGUUCAGACACUCUGGCGGUGAGGUGUGGGACGUGUCAACACAUCCCAAGCACUGCCAUCUCAUCACAACCUGCUAUUCCUCGCAAUCGCAAUCAUAUGCCGGCAAAGUGGACAACAACUGCUCUCUUUGGACACUUCCAGUCGAUAUGUCGAAGCCGUUGACCGACGAGGACUCGACCACCUCUGGCCAGUUGACCAAAGUUUGCGAUUUGGUGCCGACGGGCGAAGAGAGUAGUAUCGGUCGGACCACUGUUUGGCACCCGGAAGACGGCCAUCAGAUCAUGUCUUUCACUGAAAACAAACUCUUCUUAUGGGAUGUGGAGAGCCAUAAGAAUGUGUCGACGAUUAGCGCCGACUUCAAUGUGAACACAAAGAGCGCCAAUCGAUUCAAUAAGAUAACCACUUUUCGAUGGAGUCCUCACUCCAACUGCGGUCUCAUAGGAAUCGCUAAUUCCAACUGUAUUUACGCCAAAGACCUGCGCGUGAAGAGCGGUUCCAACGUAAACGCCUGGUCUAUACCUAACUCUCACUCGCAAUUGGUUCGCGAUCUGGACUUUAAUCCUAACGCUCAGUACUAUUUGUCAAGUUGUGGCGACGACUGCGAGACACGCUUUUGGGACGUCCGCAACACAACACAACCGGUCCUAUCGAUGACCAAUCACUCGCAUUGGGUUUGGUCUGUCAGGUAUAACCUCUUCCACGACCAACUCGUGCUCACGUCCAGCAGUGACUCCCGAGUAGUGCUCAUAAGAGCCGUUUCGGUCGCCUCUCAACCGUUUGGUCACCUUUUGGAGGAAGAGAUCGCCGAUGAAGACAAUGGAGUGACACAUAAGACUUCGAUGGCCAGCGAUGGUGUGAUCGCCACAUAUGAGGAGCACGAGGACAGUGUGUAUGCGGUGGAGUGGUCUGCGAGC